GGGUGGGAGCCAUCAGUUUCCUUAAGCUGAGAAGGAAGACAGAGGCCAGCAUGCCCAGACUGCCUCUGCUGCUGCUCCUGCUUCUCUGGGGCAUGGGGUCUCACAGCUUCCCAGCAAAGACUUCAGAAACACAAGAGCAAGAUGUGGAGACAGUGCAGAAAUACCUGGAAAACUACUACAACCUGAAGAGUGAUGGGAAGCAAGUUGAAAGACAGAGAAACAGUGACCCAGUAGUUGAAAAACUAAAGCAAAUGCAAAAAUUCUUUGGGCUGAAGGUGACGGGGAAACCAGAUGCUGAAACCCUGAAUGUGAUGAAGCAGCCUAGAUGUGGGGUGCCUGACAGUGUUCAGUUUGUUCUCACUCAAGGGAACCCGCGGUGGGAGGACACACACCUGACCUACAGGAUUGAAAACUACACACCAGAUCUGUCAAGAGCAGAUGUGGACCAUGCCAUUGAGAAAGCCUUUCAACUCUGGAGCAGUGUCUCACCCUUGACCUUCACCAAGGUCUCUGAGGGUCAAGCAAACAUAAUGAUAUCCUUUGUCAGGGGAGAUCAUCGUGACAAUUCUCCCUUUGAUGGACCGGGUGGAAACCUUGCUCAUGCUUUUCAACCAGGCCCACAUAUCGGAGGGGAUGUCCAUUUUGAUGAUGAUGAAAGUUGGACCAACAAUUUCAGAGAUUAUAAUUUGUAUCGUGUGGCAGCUCAUGAAUUGGGUCAUUCCCUUGGACUUUCUCAUUCUACUGACAUUGGGGCUUUGAUGUACCCCAACUACAUCUUCAGUGGUGAUGUUCAGCUAUCUCAGGAUGAUAUCAGUGGGAUCCAGGCCAUCUAUGGACCUUCCCAAAAUCCCACUCAGCCAAUUGGCUCGCAAACCCCACAAGUGUGUGAUAGUAAGCUAACUUUUGAUGCUAUAACUACAAUGCGGGGAGAAGUGAUGUUCUUGAAAGACAGGUUUUACAUGCGCACAAAUCCCUUCUACCCGGAAGCUGAGCUCAAUUUCAUUUCUGUUUUCUGGCCCCAUCUGCCAAAUGGACUUCAGGCUGCUUAUGAGGUUGCCGAUAGAGAUGAAGUUCGGUUUUUCAAAGGUGAUAAGUACUGGGCUGUCAAGGGGCAAGAUAUGUUAUACGGAUACCCCAAGUACAUCUACAGAUCAUUUGGUUUCCCUAGGACUGUGAAGAACAUCGACGCUGCUGUUUCUGAGGAAGAUACUGGGAAAACAUACUUCUUUGUUGCAAACAAGUGCUGGAGGUAUGAUGAAUAUAAACAAUCCAUGGAUGCAGGUUAUCCCAAAAUGAUAGAAGAAGAUUUUCCUGGAAUUGGCAACAAAGUUGAUGCUGUUUUCCAGAAAGACAGAUUUUUCUAUUUCUUCCAUGGAACAAGGCAAUACAAAUUUGAUACCAAAACUAAGAGAAUUUUGACUCUCCAAAAAGCUAAUAGCUGGUUCAACUGCAGAAAAAAUUGACCAGCUGUUAAAAGGUUAAACAGAAAAAUAUAUUUCAUGAGUUCAAGGAAGCUGUUUUCCUGAAGAGACAUAUAUUUAAAUAAAAUACAGAGUUGUGAAGUAUAA